AUGCCGGAGACGCCGCAUCUGGAUCGCGUGAAGAGCCCCGAAGACUUGCGCAACCUCUCGAUCAAGGACCUGAAGAAGGUUGCCGAGGAGCUGCGGGCCGAGACCGUUGACGCGGUUUCGGAGACCGGCGGCCAUCUGGGUGCCGGGCUUGGCGUGGUCGAGCUGACGAUUGCCCUCCACCACGUGUUCGACACGCCCCGCGACCGCUUGAUCUGGGACGUGGGGCAUCAGUCCUACCCGCACAAGAUCAUUACCGGCCGGCGCGACCAGAUUCGCACCAUCCGCCAACCUGGCGGGCUCUACGGCUUCACCAAACGGACCGAGAGCGAAUACGACCCCUUCGGCGCGGCCCAUUCGUCCACGUCGAUCUCGGCCGGGCUCGGCAUGGCGGUGGCGAGCAGCCUCAAGGGCGAAGCGCGCAACGUCGUCUGCGUCAUCGGCGACGGCGCCAUGUCGGGCGGCAUGGCCUACGAGGCGAUGAACAAUGCGGGCUCCAUGCCGCCGCGCCUCAUCGUCAUCCUCAAUGACAACGAGAUGUCGAUCGCGCCGGCGGUGGGCGCGCUCAACGCCUAUCUCUCGCGGCUGCUUUCCAGCCACCAGUUCCGCAGCCUGCGCGAGCUCGGCAAGCAGUGGGCGCGCAGGCUGCCCAAGGCAAUGGGCGAUGCCGCGAUGCGGGCCGAAGAAUAUUCCCGCGGCAUGGUCACCGGCGGCACCCUCUUCGAGGAGCUGGGCUUCUUCUAUAUCGGGCCGAUCGACGGCCACAAUCUCGAGCACUUGAUCCCGGUGCUCCGCAACGUGCGCAGGGACGAGACGCCGGGGCCCGUGCUGCUUCACGUCGUCACCAGCAAGGGCAAGGGCUAUGAGCCCGCCGAGAACGCGCCGGACCGCGGCCAUGCGCUCGGCAAGUUCGACGUGGUGACGGGCGAGCAGAAGAAGGGCAAGCCCAAGGCGCCGAGCUAUACCAACGUGUUCGCCCAGAGCCUGAUCAAGGAGGCCGACCGCGACGAGAAGAUCGUGGCGCUGACCGCCGCCAUGCCGUCCGGCACCGGGCUCGAUAAAUUCGCCAAGGCGCAUCCCACGCGCUGCUUCGAUGUGGGCAUUGCGGAGCAGCACUGCGUCACCUUCGCGGCGGGGCUGGCGACGGAGGGGUUGAAGCCAAGCUGCCGGUUCGCUUCGCGAUCGACCGCGCCGGCCUCGUGGGCGCCGACGGGCCGACGCACUGCGGGCAGCUUCGACAUCACCUAUCUCGCGACGCUGCCGGGCUUCGUCGUCAUGGCCGCGGCGGACGAGGCGGAGCUCGUCCACAUGGUGCACACGGCGGCGAAGAUCGACGACCGCCCCAGCGCCUUCCGCUACCCGCGCGGCGAAGGCACCGGCGUGCCGCUGCCGGAGCAUCCGAAAAUGCUGGAGAUCGGCAAGGGGCGGAUCGUCCGCGAGGGAACGACGAUCGCGAUCCUCUCCCUCGGCGGUCGGUUGCAGGAAGCGCUCGGCGCGGCGGACGAGCUGCAGGCGCGGGGUCUCUCCACCACGGUCGCCGACGCCCGCUUCGCCAAGCCGCUGGACGAGGACCUGAUCCGCCUGUUGGCGCGGGAGCAUGAGGUGCUGAUCACGAUCGAGGAAGGAUCGAUCGGCGGCUUCGGCGCCCAUGUCAUGCAGUUCCUGGCCAUGGCCGGCUUCAUGGACGCCGGCCUCAAGAUCAGGCCGAUGCUGCUGCCCGACCGCUUCGUUGCGCACGGCACGCCGGCCGGCAUGUACGAGGACGCGGGGCUGACCGCCAGCCACAUUGUCGACAUGGCGCUCUCUGCCCUCGGCAGCAACUCGGCCACCAUGCCGCGCCGCGCCUGA